AUGCCGACGCACAUGUUGCUCCGUUCGCUCUUCGUUGCCACAAUAUCAUCUAACAAGUUCCUUCUGAUACCAUCACUCAACCUGCUCUCCUUCUUCUCGAAACCGAAUCGAAGCCUCUUGUUCAAUGUAGAUCGAAACCCCGCAUUGAAAGCAAUCUUAAAGAGAACGCUAUACAAUCAAUUCUGCGCAGGAGAAACCCAACAAGAGACACGAGCUUGUGUAAAGCAACUGAAGGAUCUGGGGUUCAAAGGGGUGAUCUUGACGUAUGCAAAAGAAAUGGUGUUCGAUCACAAGACCAAGUCUGCAAACCAUCAUACCUCGGACAACUUCGUCAAUGAGAAGGUUGCUGUGGCGUAUGAUACAGACAUCGAAGCCUGGAGGAUAGGCACACUAGGAACGCUUGAUCUCAUAUCCGAGGGAGACAUCUUAGCUCUGAAAACGACAGGCGGUGGUCCAGCCGUCUCAUCAGCGUUCAGCAAAGGCGAACUUCCACCCCAGCAAAUGCUUGACGCCCUGGAUGAGAUAGCGACCGAAUGUAAAGCACGCAAUGUCCAGAUCAUCAUCGACGCUGAGUCUCAACACUGGCAAGCAGGCAUCGCUCGCACGACACUCGAACUAAUGCGCAAGUUCAACCGCAAUGGUAAAGCUGUCAUCUACAAUACAUACCAAGCCUACCUCAAAGAUACCCCCAAAGUCCUCGCACAUCAUAUGGCUGAAGCGGAAAGAGAUGGGUUUACUCUUGGUCUCAAGCUCGUGCGUGGUGCAUACAUCCUCUCCGACAACCGCUCCUUGAUCCAUGACACCAAAGAAGACACAGAUAACGCCUACAAUACGAUAGCACAGGGUGCGCUUCGUCAGCAAAUAGGCAGUUUCGGGGUAUCCGGAUCAUCUACCCGUCGUUUCCCUUCUGUGAACCUCUUCCUCGCAUCCCACAAUCGCGAAAGCGUACUCUCGGCUCAUAGACUCCACCGUCAACGUUCGGAAGCUGGUCUUCCUACUGUUCCUGUCGCUUACGGACAACUUCACGGCAUGUCAGACGAAGUCAGCUUCUCCUUGUUGGCGGAAAAAGGCGAAGGCGGUAAGGCGCCUGAAGUGUUGAAGUGUACUACCUGGGGUAGCAUGGGCAAUCUCGGCACCUCCAUCCUCCAAAGCCUCGUAAACGCCCCUCCAGACUCUCUACGCGGCAUCACCCAAUUCAUCGCCUGCGUGUCAAGCGAAGCCUCCGAAAGACGCCUCAAAUUCGUCUUCUCACGGUACGAAAACGUGUGCAUCACUCGAAACGACAACGUGUCCGCCAUCAAAAACUCGCACGCGAUCAUCUUGGGCGUCGACCCCUCACAAGUAGAAGCCACACUGAGCGACAUCGUGGUUAUAGAGGCAUUACGUGGAAAACUCCUCAUUAGCAUAGUAGCAGGCUGGACGCGUGAUGCUAUUGAAAAGCUCAUUGACGCGGAGUGGGCGGUUUGGGAGGGUAUAAGGGAUCAAGAUACAAGAGGAGCGUGGGUUCUACGAACACUACCGAAUGUGGCGGCGCUCGUCUCACAGUCUUCGACUGCUAUCGAAAACCAUCCUUCACCUUCAUUUCCACCGCACUUCAAAGACCUAGCAACAGCCAUCUUCACACAAAUCGGUAAACCUUUAUCCAUUCCACCUGCCCUCAUGCCCGCCACAACAGCAGUAUCAGGCUCCACACCCGCAUUCUGGGCCAUCAUUGUCGACAGCCUCGUCGAUGCUGCAGUGGCCGUAGGACUUCCCCGUAAAUUGGCUCAGGAGCAGAUCUACCAAAGUAUGAGGGGCAGUGCGGAGAUGCUUCAGAGCGGUAUACAGCCGGGCGAGUUGAGGGAUAUGGGGACGAGUCCAGAGGGGUGUACGAUUGCGGGGAUUAUGGUGCUGGAAGAAGGUGGGGUGAGGGGUGUGUUGGGGAAGGCGUUGAGGGAGAGCGUUACGGUUGCUAGGGCUAUGGGGAGGAUUGGGGAGAAAGGUGGGGAGGAGGUGCAUGUUAACGAUACUCGGAAGAUUUGAUGGUGGGCUUGCGGUCUCAGGUUGAGGUUUACAAGGUAUCAAGACCUACAGUACCGUCAGCAUAGACACCCAAAACAUGAGAGCUGUUGGAAUAGAAAGCAAACUCCGCCAACACAUCAUCACGUACACAA